UUCAAUUUUCAAACAAGAGUUCAUUGCACAGUGUACGUUGUGUGGUGCGGAAAAUCAGCAAUUGCUUUCUUUCUUAUGGAUGAACAAUUCCUAUAGGUUUACGUCCUGAUGCGCUGUUGUGAUAGCAAAUGAGCGAAAGCAACCGCUUUCGUAGUCUUGCAAGGUUCACGUGAUCGAAGUACGUCUCUGUUUCAGAGACAUUGCCCUCCAACUUUCGCGCAUAGCGUACAGCAAGCAACGAGGAUCAGCUGUUUGAAGUGGGUCCCGACCAAUACCAAGGAUGGCUGAAGCAAGGAGUGCUGUUGCUGGUAUAAAAAUCCGAGAUGUGGAAGAUGAACGGCACUCUGUCGUGGUCUUUCUCAGGGAAUGGACGAAAACGGUCCUCAGAAAAUACCAUCGUAUCAAAAAUUCUAUCAGCAAUGGGAUGUGGCCAACAUCUGUACAUAACCUUGGGAUUCUUGGCCUUUGCGUCUUCCUCUUCAUGCUUUCUGAGAUUCACAUUGCUGAAUCCAUCAAAGCGCUUUUCUGGAGCGCAGGGGAUACCCUGCAUGUUCCAAAAGGGCUCCCUGCCACACUCCGUGCCGUAAUUGUGGCUAGUUUUCUUACAAUUGUACUGUCACUGUUUCUUAUGAAAGUUCGUCAGAUUAUUCUGCGGAGCUUGCUUUCUUAUAGAGGCUGGAUGUACCAAUCAGCCAACUCAUCUGAGAAGUACACAACACUACUGUGGUGUGCAUGUGUAAGAGUGAUAAGUGGCUACCAGCCAUCAUUGUACAGUUGCCAACGUUCCCUCCCGAGGUUGCCCGUUCCACCACUACACGAUACAAUAGAUCGUCUUUUAGAGUCUCUUCAACCAGUCUGCUCUCCAGAAGAGCUCAAACAGCUUACACAACAAGCAAGUAAAUUCGAAAGAACUUUGGGACCAACAUUACAGCGGUUGCUAUGGCUUAGGUCAUGGAUAACAAGCAAUUACGUCAGCGAUUGGUGGGAGAAGUAUAUCUACCUCAGUGGAAGAUCACCAGUGGCCAUCAAUAGCAAUUACUAUUGUCUUGACCAAGGCUACUGCCAUCCAACUCACCUCCAAGUAUCCAGAACUGCAGUGCUUAUUCACAACUGCCUGGUCUUCAAACGUCUUAUUGACAGAGAAGAAUUACAGCCCCUGGUGCUUAGAGGCACAGUACCCAUCUGCAUGUCCCAGUAUGAACGGCUCCUCUCAACUGUAAGGGUGCCAGGUAUUGAUUGCGAUGAGGUUUGCCACUUCUCCACUACUGAGUCAAGGCAUGUUGCAGUGCAACACAAUGGAGCAUUUUAUAAGCUCGAGGUGUAUGACUCCAAGAACCAAAUUCUUUUUCCGACUACAUUGGAGCACCAGUUAGAAUGGAUAAUGCAAGACGCUGCUAAUUAUACUCCUAGUGAAGCAGAGGCAUCUUUAGCAGCACUCACGUCACUUGAUCGCCCAACAUGGGCAAAAAUAAGGAACACAUACUUUUUUGAUGGUGUGAACAAAGAGAGCCUCGAUGUUAUUGAAAAAUCUGCUUUUUUUGUUAGCAUGAACAAUCUCGUACCUCUUGGUUUGACAAGUCGUGGCAAGUACCUUCUGCAUGGAGAUGGCAAGAGUAUUUGGUUUGACAAGUCACUGAGUAUUCAGGUUUUCAAAAAUGCCACAGCUGGCAUGAACUGUGAGCACAGCAUGGCUGAUGCUCCAGCUAUGGCACACAUGUGGGAGCAUUCGCUGACCAAAGAAGUGCUUGAAAAAUUAUAUGACGAGUCAGGAAGGUGUAUGCCCCCAAGCAAGAAGGACAAGCAGGGUGCCAUUCGUAGACCGCAGAGGUUAGUUUGGGACAUCUCUCCUGAGCUUGCAAAAGAAAUUGCUGAUGCUCUUGCAACUGCACAAAAGAAUAAUGACGACCUAGAUCUGUGUAUCAAAGACCAUGAUGCAUGGGGGAAAGGCAUAAUGAAAAAAUGUAGGGUUUCCCCAGAUGCCUUCAUGCAGCUAGCCUUACAAUUAGCAUAUUACAAGGAGAACAAAAAGUUUGUUCAGACAUAUGAGGCAACCAUGACUCGACUAUACUUGAAUGGCAGGACUGAGACCGUACGAUCCUGCACUAGGGAAUCAUCAGAAUUUGCAAGAGCCAUGGUGGAAAACAAUGUCAGCAACGACGAAAAGAUUCGGUUACUGAAAAAAGCUGCUGAAAAGCAUGUGCUUCUAUUCAGGGAUGCCAUGAGUGGUAAAGGAGUAGAUCGGCACCUCUUUGCUUUAUAUGUGGCCUGCAAGGGACUGAAAUAUGAAAGUGAGUUCCUUAAUAACGUGAUCAUGCGACCGUGGACGCUUUCAACGAGCCAGACCCCUCAUACGCAGCUAGACUACUCUCCAGACGCCGAUCUUGAAGUCUUUGCGAAUAAGGUAUCACCGGGAGGGGGCUUCGGACCCGUUUCAGAUGAAGGAUAUGGCAUAUCCUACAUUUUCCCAAACAACUCAAGAGUAUUUCUCCAUGUCUCAUCAAAGAAGUCUUGUGCGGACACAGACUCAACCAGAUUUGUAAAGACUAUAGAAGAGAGCAUGGAUGAAAUGAAAGCCCUGUUUGGCUUCUAGAGACACUUAUUUGGGCACAAAAUUACUGGUGGAGGAAUUGGUGCAAGUGUCGUCGCAGUUCCUCAGUAAAGUGCGAUGUUUGAAAACCAAGUGCACAGAACAGUACUUUUGGAUGCCACAAGUCGCAGGGGCAACAUGCCCUGAUAAAAUUUUGAUGCAAUGAAUCUAAUACUUGGGAACUCUCAGAAGAUCUCAGGAUGCUUAUUUUAUAAGGAUGUGCUGUGCACACCCAAAAAGAGGAUGUACAAAAGGUGUGAAUGAAAAGUGUCUUAUAAUGCUAUGAAACAAUUCCUACAUUGUCAUCACAGCACUUUUGUCAUAGCUGUUUUGACGUUUGCUUACAUGCCACAAAUAUCCAAAGAUAAGUUAUAGUUGUAAUCACAGUGAAACCUCGUUAACGCAUACCUGUCGGGGACGCAAAAAAACAACGUACUAAGUAGUAGUACGGCUUAACCAAAAACUCAAAAUACAAGUCUACGUACCUGCCUAAUGGAAGAAAAAUGGAACAUGUUCCACAAAAUGAGAAUAGAUAUCGCCGUUUAUUCACUUUGCAACAAGAUGGUCCGUUAUUUUCGCUUCAUGCCGAGGCGGCCUUGCAGCAAUGAUCGCGGUUUCAAAUCCACCAACAUUACUGGCGAGCUGUUCAAGAAGUCCCCGUUUUCUGGAAACUGCUCGAUGGUAUGGAUGAUGUCCAGUUUCUCCUUGAUGUUCAGGACACGGAGCCGUGACAUGGCGCUCUCCCACAAGCCAACACAAAUGACAAAGAAGUGACAAACGAAACUAUAGAAGGGGAGGAGGUUCGGGGGCUUCAGGGCCUACUUGCCCUCUCCACUCUGCGGGAGAAUGACCUCUCCUCCUCGCAGGAGUGACGUAUUGGCCUCGCCCUCUCUCUAGAAGAGCCACGUGCUUCCAAAUCUGACUUUUGUUUGUUUGUUUUGUUUGAGACUUCAUGUUUGUGUCUGUCCUUUCGUGUCCCCUAGUCUCGGGGGUUUUACAUUAUGCAGCCAAAUCUUCGUUCUUUGUAGGGAAGGAGCUAGUUUUUUUGUUCUACACGGUCUGUUUCAGGACGAAAAGUAUGCAUUAACCGAUAUUGAGGCUGUGAACAGCUACAGCUUAAGCGGGUAGCAAAUACAUUAGUUUCAAAUGGAGUCGCGACGGGGAUUCAGCGCAACUACUGCUUAAGCGGAAUUACGGCUUAAGCGGUUACGUAUUAACGAGGUUUCACUGUAUUUUGUCUUCAACAUAUGACCAGUUUAAUGAUAUUCUGUCUAUUUUAGGUGUUUUAUGCUAUUUGUUAGGAGACACUGAACAUACUUUUUACCCAUUUUUUUCUUUAUUGCUGCACCAGCAGUCACAGUCAAUGCAAUCAUUGUUUUAAAAUAUAUGUUACUUAGUGAUACAGUGUCAGUUUUGUAUAACCAUAACUUUCAUAUGAAGGAGAAGGCUCAGGUCUGAAGCCGCUGAUGCUUCAGACAUAGUCUGUUCUUCUGCUAUCCUUCAAGAGUCUCUGUUCAAGAUAUUGAUGGCUCUCAAACUGUGGCUUCUGCUUGAAUUGACCUUUACUGGAUUGCUGGGUUUUCCAUUUUUCGGUGUAACUUUGAUAUGUAAUGUGUGUGCAUCUGAGUUACAUGAUACUUGGUGUUCACAUGUGUGAUGGUGCAUUAGGGUCACUUAAUAGGUCUUUCCUGAAUUCAGUGCACGGUAAACACGAGAAUUCGCAGUGCCAUGGGGCAUGGUACGUAACGUACUUGUCCACAGCUAAGCGAUGAUAUCUUUGAUGGGUGUCUGAAUUAUUUUUUGUAACAAAUGUAAAAAUUUGCACCUAAUGAAACUCAACAGGGUGCCCAACCCAAGGUGAUCAAGUUGAGCUGUUUUUAGUCGGAGGUACAAAGGAGGUUUUGCCAAGUAGAAGUUUGGUAAUGGGUAACAAAUUUACUUUGCCCUUUCCUUUUUGGCUAGUGAAGUCUUUAGAGCAAAUACCAGGCAAAGCUUAGGUUUUAACACAGAGGCAUUGUCGACGACUUUCAGCCCACUGUCAGACAUAUGUACAAUAUGCGACAUACUUUUCUGGAAUCAACAGCUUGCGAUUUAUUCUGUCUUGCAGGAUAAAUACACAGGUGUUGCAAGAAUGUUUCUUCCAACUAAUAGACACGUACGGCAUGCUACCCAGUACGUGUUUAUUAGUGGAAACAAACAAUCUUGCAGCGCCUGGAGAUUCCAGGACGGAUAAGCCGCAAACAGCCGAUUCCAGACAAGUAUGUCGCAAGCUGUACAUUGUGUCACUUGUUGCAACUUCUCCCACUGGGCUGAAGUGAAGAGCUGCUCGAAUACACAUCACUGAGUGCUUACCAAUGUUGCUGGAUGCAGGGGACGUGAUUGAAGCUGUUGCAUUUUUUAUGGAGCAGCAUUUUGUGAAAUAGCUACAUUAUUUUCAUGACAAAUUGGUGCUAUUCUGCUUUGGAGAUGGAAUAGUGCACUAAGACAUAAAUCAUUCAGACAUGAAUGGAGUGGUGUGUGGCACUAAACUUCAGAAACCACAGAAUAUUGUUUGCAGUUGACAAGUUUUCGUGAUGCUUCCACAGACUGGGGAACACCAAGAUUAUCAAAAUGGCAAUGUACUUCCAGAAAUUCAAUAUUCAACUUAAAGAGAGUGUGUUGGGUGGUGAGGGGUGAAUCUCAGCUCCUCCUCUUUUUUUUUUCUUGUCGCUGACCCUAUUAUCCUGGCGGUGCAAGCUGUCAUUCCAGAAAAGUAAUUGUUCAGGAACAGCUAAAUCUCUGCUAAUUACAUAUUAUGAGGAGGAUGACUCCAAGUGUAUCAUUGUGAAGAAUGGUGUGGAUGAAUGAAAUCACCAAGGUGUCAACUGCACCCUUCAUAAACAUUAAGGCACUUUGGGCUGUGCCAUUAGUGUUGAUCAAGACUCACUUACACUCAAGAGUCUUACUCUUUUUAUUUUUGAUCAAGAGGUUUCCAUGAAUAAGAGCAUGGUGUACAUGUUAGAUCCAUAUCUGUAAUUGUGCCAUUUGAAAGUGAAUUAUUUUGUACACAUCAUUGUUCCACAUGGCUUCUUAUAGAAGUUUGAAAUAUCUCGAGCUUACCUGCUGAAUUCCUAUGACAGUUUUGUACAAGAUGUGUCAGGGUGACAGCUUAUUUCUUUAAUAAAAUUUUUUGCCUGUUUCAUCUAAUUAAUGUGC